GAUUUUUUUUUCAUCCCCCUAAGUUUGGCCAAAAGUCAGCACUAUUCUGAUGGACUGAUUGAAAUCUUUACUCAAUAUGGAGACCACUUGUACAGGUAAGAAAACUGUUCUCUCAACAGCACCUAUAGUGGGCAAUUAAAGUUGAUCCCUGCCGUUCAUCACUCGUUUAUUCUGACCUUCAAUAACGCAGCGACACCUUUCAAAGAUGAAACAGUAUUUACUCAAAUGCCGGUCCUAAUGUUGCGCGAGAAAACAGCUGACAUUUUGCGAGGCAACAGUUGGAUUCUUCGCGAAGUGGUUGGAAAACCAAUCAGAAGCACCACCCAGAUCUGGGUAGUGACAAGUCAUCAGUGUGGAAUUUUUGCACUCGUUCCUCAGACGUCAUCUCGCGGGAAAGUCAACCGUGUCGUCGCGAAAUGUCGGCUGUUUUCUCAAGCUAGUCCUAUCAGCAAUCUGUGAAAGGAAGAGUCGACUUGUACAUUCGUCAUUAAUUACUUCUGUCAGGUUUUGGCGGCAACUGAGUGAGUUUUUACGUGUCCGGAGGGUGCUAUAAGGAAAGAUUACCCUUGUAUCUUAAUUGACCUUCCAAUAACUAGGGUUUAAUACCAUCAACUGAAGGUACACAACUAUAAACUUUGACUCUGACAAUGGCUACUGCACAGAUAAUCACCAGGAAGAUCAUGUUCCACCUGCGUAGAUAAAAAAAAUAUAAUUAUAUAGUUAUCUGUGCCGACUAUCGGCCAACUGUUGGUGGACAGAUGGUGAAUGCUCGUGGUGGGAACACUCGGUAAACUGAUUAGCUGACAGUCGGUUUAGGGGAGUUGUUCUUCACAAUACCCAAAGUGUUUUUUUUCUCUUUAGGUAUAGAUCACAGAUAAUAUCAAGGUGUGCUCUCAAUAAACGCUUAAACAGCUAGUGGAUUAAUGUAAUUAGUAAUAUGUUUCAUAUGUUGCCUUCGAAUUUUUUUUUUUUUUUAGCAAAGGAGAUCACGAUGGAGCCAUAAAACAGUACAUCAAAACCAUUGGCCAUUUGGAACCAUCCUACGUCAUUCGGAAGGUAAGUAAGCAGUAAAUAGCCAACUAUGAGAAACUGACUACUAAAUACUAAAUACUAGACUUGGGGUCUGUUUACAUGGACAUGGGAGACCCCAGGUAGGUGAGGUAACACGCUUAGGUGGGGUAACCCGCCUGUCCAUAAUCCCUCUCAUACGGUCACCCCACCUAUCGUGUAAACGUGAUCAAAUUAAAAUGCGAGAUUAUAUAGACAGGCGGGUUACCCCAGCUACCUGUGGUCUCCCACCUCCAUGUAAACAGGCCCGAGACUCUUACUAUGUUAAUCCUAGACAGUUCAUUCAGUUGAUCCCAGGGAAACCGGUCGUUUCGAUACAAAGUCGUCUCGAUUCAAGUCGUUUCAACUCAGGCAGUGAAACUGCACAAAAAUGUUGAUCACUUCAAGUUUAGUUUGCACGUGAACAAGGAAAAGAUUUUGGGUGAAUAUUCUUCUUUCUUUGAACCUUGAAGUAAUUGAAACUAUUUACACCUCGACUGAAAAAACUUGUAUGGGAACUACUUGCAUCGAAACGACCGGUAACCGAGUAAACUCUUCCUUCAAAAUGUACCAUUAAACUGUCUGCACUCAGUUCUUUCAUUUAGUAUCCAGAGCUUGUAGAUAUCAUCGUCUGUGUACAGGCAUCCAUAGCUUGUAGAUAUCUUCACACUUUAGUAGAGUUCUUAACAAAGAAGGGAGGUGAAAUACACUUAUACUGUAAAAUGCCGUUUAUAAGCCCUGGGGUUAUACAUCUUCGUAAGGGGUUUUUAGAGGGCUUAUAGAGAUUCGUUUAACCCUUUAAGCCCCAAUAUCCACAAACAAAUUCUCCAAACUGAUCUCUAUACAUUUCCUUACAGAGUUAGUUGGGAGAAAUUGAUAAAAGAUCAGAAAUUUUUCUCUUUGUGAUCAUUUGAUUAAUUCUCAUAGAUGUUACACUUUACAAUCUAUGGAUAUUGUUAGGAGAAAAUUGAUGUUGGUCACUACUGGGACUUAAAGGGUUAAUACAGGUUUGACUGUUAAACCGUCUAGGAGGUCUUUAUACAGUAGAAAUUGUUUUUAAAAAUAUUAUUAUUCCCUGUUUUAGUUCUUGGAUGCACAAAGAAUUCACAACCUCACCGCUUAUCUCCAGGUUUGUAAAUAAAUAUUAACCAUCUGUCAGAGUAAAACAUUUUAAAUUAAUAAGCAGUCCAUUCAUAGUCUAGCCUGUUCACAGACCCUCUAUUUUCGCUUUGGAGAUCGUCGAGUGCGCGCGCAUGAAAAUAAAACCGCGGGGGAUUGAGUUUACGCAACAGGACGGCAGGAAGAAGAGGACGGCAAAACAGCUGUGUGUGACAAACGUGACAGGGCAAUCACUUUUGGGUUUUCUCGUGAUCUUCACUUAACACCAAGGUUUUCUGGUCCUUCACAAAAAGAUCUGUUUAAAGGAAAGUGAAGUUUGGCGAAAAGUUGUUUC